AUGCUGCCACGGUGGACGGCACCAGAGUAUUUUGAGCAAUGCGAACCAGGCUACGACGGUCCAACGCUCAAGCCGGACCUUCAACUCAUCGAUCAAGAUAAGAAGACGGCGAUCAUCUGCGACUUGGCCAUAGCCCAUGAAGACGACCAACUCCACGACGGCGACACGGUGUUCGAGAAGACCGCCAAGGGCAAGAUGGACAAGUACUCCCCCCUCAGCCGUCACCUCGUGCGUCAAGGCUUCGAAGUGUACUCUUGCGCGCUCGUUUACGUCCCCCUUGGCUCCGUCGCCCCCGCCAACCAUAACAUCCUCACCGCAGUCAUUGGCCUCUCGCGUCCAGCCGCAUCCAAGCUCCAGUACGGCCUCUCCGCCGACAUUAUCAAGUCCAGUCGCACCAUUUGGAACACCCAUUGCAGCGAGCCCAAGCCGGGCUGUCGAUCGGCACGCGCCGACAGCCGCAUGGCGUAG